UUACACUGCAUUCUCCAGAUUGGUAAAGUGAGCGGUUCGUCCCUCGGUGGAAUUCUCAUCGAUGCUUGGGCUUUUCCGGCUCCAUUCUACGCCAUGGGAAUUGCCUUUGCGUUGGCCAUUCCUCCAAUGGUAAUGCUCAAUCCCGACAAACUUGGAAAGGAAGAAGCCGCGACAGCCACAACACCACCCCGUUUGCCUGAGAACGAAUGGAGCUACUACCGGCUUCUUCGGCAUCCCAUGUUUGCCAUCAACCUUCUCACUGCCAUAAUUCUGUCUCUCCUUGCUAACUUCGACGGCCCAACUUUGGAACCCUAUUUGAGUCAAUUUAACUUGACCAACGCUGAAAUCGGAACGGUCUUCACCGCUAACUACGUGGCCAAUUGUGGAGGUUCCCUCUUCGCGGGAGUAAUUUCAUCGUACAAGGUGGAAAAACUCUCCAUAUUCGUGGGAUGUAUUUUAUCUACUCUGUCCUACGUUAUCAUCGGGCCUGCUCCCUUCCUACCCCACGAACCCACACUGAUGUUUGUUUACGUUGCCCAAGUAAUCAAGGGAAUCGGAGCGUCUGCCAUGGAAGUGUGUGUUUACACUGGCGUCUUGAGGUAUAUCGUAGAGAUUGCUGGAUAUCCAAAUACGAUUCAAACAAACGGAUUUGUAGCCAGCAUCGUCCACCAAUCUACAAUCAUCACGAAUAUUGCAAUACCGCCGAGUGCAGGCUACCUUGCAUCCACGUAUGGCUACAGAAACGGAACUAUGUUUAUUUUCGCUAUUCUCUCCAUCUGGACAAUAGUUACUGGUUUUGUCUGGCUGAAGUCCGAGUGUCGCCGAUUUGGUACAGAUCGAACGCAAUACAAUGUCCUGCCUCAAGACGAUCUCGGACACUAUAGCUUCGCAGCUCCAAACUCUGUGUGCGUGCCAUUAGAACCAGAAAAUGCCUAA